AGGAACCUGCCAAGUUUGUGAUUUAUUUUCCGGAUCGGUUUACGACUCCGAACGUGGUGACGAUCGUGUUCAAUGGGAAGCAGGAUCCGCGUAAGCCGGCCGGCGAUUGUCUACCACCGUCCAGCAGGUGUGACUCGUCAGUUCAAAUUGAGCAGCGAUUCGUGCUGGACGUGUUUUUCCCACCACACUUGACCAACGGGUUGUGAUCGCAACGUGUUUUCUUCUGUGUGCAAGUUCAAGUUCUCCAAUUAAAGUGCCCCACGAUGUCGCGAGAUCAGAACAAUACGUUCGUGCUGUUGAUAGUGGCUAUUCUACUGACAAGCUGUAAUCCAGCGGCCAGUCCACCGGGAUCGCCAUGCCCGAGCCUGUUUUCCUACCAGUACGAUCCGGCCAAGUCCGAGUACUACGGGCUGGUGAACCUGCAAACGCAACCGGUUCAAAAUUCUGCUGAAGUGACGGUGUCCUUCUCGAUCGCGGCACAUCUGCCGUCAGCGACCAACAUCGGCUCGAUCGAAACGGUCGGCGAGAACCGCGCCCUGUUCGAGCAGAUCGCCAAGGGCCGCGGCGUCAGCUACCGGGUGAACCUGCCCUCGCAGAACCCCCUGCCGCGACUCACCAAGCUCACCCUGAACGGCGCCACCCUUUGCAGCGGCCCAGCCGAGGAGAAGGGCGUCCCCUUCGUGAGCGAGGUCAACCUGCGCCACUUUCUCCGCUCGGACGCCGCCACCAAUUGGCAGCGGUUCAGCAGCGGCAAGCCGGUGGCGACGACGAACCUUCCAGUCAAGUCGGGAGUGGAUCAGUUCAAGCUGGUUGACCAUCGCGAGCAGAACCAAACCGAGGAGCGAACGGAGCAGGAGGUUGGGCCGAACCGGAACAGCACUUCGUACAAGAUUGUAACGCAGACCAUCACGUACAAGGAGUUUGUGUCGGCACCGAUGGUGCAGAAGACGUCGCACUACUACGUGAAUACGACCACGCGGGAGCAGGUUUGAGGUUUGAGGGGAAGGUUUCUUUCCUUUGAGUGGAGAUUUAAAGUGCAGUUUUACAACUCGACAUUGUAUUUGUGUAUUUUUUUUUAUAUGUGAGUGAAUAUAAUAUAUCGAUCGA